UUUUUUCCCCCGACACUGAAGAAGAGCAAAAUUAGUGAAAACUUGGAUGAAACCACUCUGUUGUCACAACUUCAUAAUGACCUUACUAACAAACUGGAUAUCAGCCCCAACAGCAUUUCUUCUCUUGUAUUUUUGGAGAGCAAAGGUACAUGCUUCUGGAAACCCAGAGGACGAAAUAGAUUACACAUAUGUUAUUAUAGGAGUUACUCUGGGAGCAGUUCUAGCAAUUGGUUUUGUAGCAGUAAUAAUCUGCAUGAUCAAAGCCCAAAUGAUUGACAGUGUCUUUGGAGAUUCAGAUGGCAAAAUGGAUAGAAGGUCAAACACGGGGUCAAGCCAAAACAGAUGACAGCAAUGCAGUAAGAAACCAAAGUACAAGAGAUCAAUAACUCCUUUGCAAUCAACAGUUACCUGGUCUGAGGAUCAAUAGAGGUCUCUUGUGCACUGGCAGGAAUCUUACCAAUAUCAAUGCUUUUCUUUGUUCUUUAGUUGAAAGGCUGAUUGAUUGUUUACAGGAAGAGCUUAUAGUGCAGCUAACUUCAAUCACCUACACCCAAAAGGCCUGCAAUCCCCCUCAGCAUCUAUGAGAAGGAAAUGUAUGAGGAGAAUAAAGCAGAUGAGCUCUGUUCACAAAUAGAUCCUCUUUAUUCUGUGAUAAGUAUAUGACUGUUUUCUAAAAUUAGUUAAAUACCAGGUAAUCAGAAAGGUGGCAAUAUAAUUCAGCAGCAGAAUUCAUGGUCAAAACAAUAUUUCAAGAUAAGUAAAUAAUGUUUUCAGCAACUUGGAAAAUCAUUCGAGGUCAAAACAAAACAAGGCUUCUUAUUUAUUUCAAGAAAUACAUGUUUUGUGUUACUGAUAAAAUAUUUCAUUAACUUUAAGUUUUAUCUUUUUAGAUCUAGAACUGAUGUCUUCUGUAGGUGGUAGUGAUAAUUUCAACCAUUUAAAAUUAAUGAUGGUCAUUUAAAAUUAAAAAUUCCUUUAUGAAAUAAUGUUUUUCAUGUUCUGUUGACACUUCAUAUCAACACUGUAUAAAUGAGCUAGUCUGUUAUUUUCAGAAUUUCCCUAUCCCUAUUUUUUUAGUAUAAAGCAAUGCACUAAGUUCAAUCAGAAUUUGUGAAUAAUUUCAGCUUCCCAGCACCUUCAUUCUUGUUCUAGCCUUAUAUGUUCUGGUGGACUUGAUUACAUCAAAAUUGCUUUGCCUGGCUCCAAUUACAAGCUCCUUACAGUGGGAGUGAUGAGAAGGAAAAAUAGAAUUUUGUUUCAGAACAUUUAGAGUAGUUUAAAUAAUUUAAAAUAAUUUAAGCCAAACUUUUACCAAAGCUUUGAAUUGGUGGCUUUGGUCUCAGUUCAGAAAAUAAUGCUAUAGAUGCUAUUCUGUUUAAUCCUCUUCUUUCAAGAAUGCUGUAUAUAAUAUAUUGUCAUCACAAGGUAUAAGGAAACAUGAAGACUUUUUUAUUUCAAGCCAGGCUUUUCGUUCACCUUGUGAAGAGAGGGCAGCCAAUGUCAGCAGUGGGAGCUUUGGGAACUUUUGGCCAGCAUCCUUUGCUAUUCCUACAGCUUCUCUCAGGAAACUCAGCAGAACUUCAAGGCUUGGGGGCCUCAGGUAGAUGGCAUGCCCAACUUAAUUAAGUAAUAUCCCAAUAUUUCACAGGCAGAGCUCUAUGUUGUAGCAUUACAGGAUGACUCCAAACAGGAUUUUACACUAUUUUAUUGUAACUUACCAUUGUCCGGAUCCAAAGACCACAAACUGUAAAUAAUUAGGAUAUUCAUAACCUUUUAGCUUAAGCCAAAUGUCUAUAGACAUGUGGGUUUUUUGAAUCUCUCACCUUACAUACAUUCCUAAAGUUCACUUUGAUACCUGUUUUGCUCUCAGUGUGGCAGAUCAUAAUAAAGUAAGUUCUUUCCAGCUCUCGACUAAUAUAAGAGAUUUAAUCCAACUUUUAAAAAAAAAGCAAUUGUAAGACUGAAGUCCAACCUAAAAAUUCUGAGUGUUAUUGAGAAAUAUCACUCAGAAAAAUCAUGGAGACCAGAGCUUCCUAUCCACUAAUCAAUUUUCAGAUCAGGCAGAGCUGAUGUGCUGGGUCAGGGACUUUGAGGAAAUAUGCUGUUUGAGCAUUAGAGGAGAUAUAUCAGAAUUUUGUUUUUAUAAAGAAUAAGCUACUGUUAUACUUGUAACUGUAACUAAAGGGAUUUCAACAUGGGUGUUUUUUGACUUUCACAAAGCACAUCAUUUGUCAAAUGUGCAAAGGAAACUGGAUAGUAAUUUUUCCACACAUAUUGAACAACAAAGUGUAAAAUUUAUUUUGACAGAAGAAUGGUAUAUUGGAACACUUUCCCUCGUUUCCUAGGUGUCUGUUACUCAUGUCAGUAACACUGCAGUUCAUUAGCAGCAUUUGCUAACAGAUAGACUAAAGCAGUAAUGUGAUACUUGUAAGUAAUUGUGUGUACAUGAGUAAGUGAAUAAAGCAUCUUGUAAGGUAUCUGUUAA